CAUCUUCAGUUUUCAAGAUACAUCAGCUGAUGGCGCAAAUGCAUGAACUGUCAAACGCGAUUGUAUUCGUUUUCCUAACCUCGUUUAUUGUAGUUGUCAAUCGCGAUUGAAAAUCUCAUUGUUACAGUUACUGUUUAAAUGUAUCUUUAAUAUUUAAGAUUCUAUUUGAAUGAGAGAAUUUUAUAUCGCGAUAUAGUUAAGAAAUAACGCGAACAGUAUGUAAUUAGAAGCUUUACGAAAUGUGUUUUAUAUCCGGAAAAUCUAAUCUGUUUUUACAUUAACACUCAGUGAUAAAACAAUCAUAAUAAACAAAGUGUAUCUUGAAGAAAAUAGCAAUUAUGGAAGGCACUCAAUCGUUGUACAUAAACCUCUUUAAUGAAGACAAAAGCAAUGUCUUGAAAGAACUGUUACAUGCAUGCGUCGACGAAAUUUGUGGUCGUCCAGGACCAUCGUAUCAUAAAUUCUUUAAUAGCAUGGAUUGGAACAAAACGGAAUACGAAGGAAUUUAUAAGCUAAUAUCAUCAUUGUUACGGAAUCCUGCUUCUCUUUAUAUGGUAGAAGAAAAGAUGCCGCAAGAAUAUCAUGAAUUACCCGAGCAAGUGCAACAAAACAUUCUUACUUGCUUAAAAGUGCGCAGGGAACAUUUAACAAAUGCUUUAUUGAGGAAACAUUACAAAAGGAAUCUACCAACUGUAAUCGAUUUAGAUUGGAGAUUAAAGUUGAUAAUGGGUUCGAGCAAGAUGGCUUCUUUGCGGGAAUUCCUUCUUCAGCUGGACCUAAUAGUCGAAGAUACAGAAUCUCAACAAAUCAUAAAUUUAGAGCUGGAUAAGGACGAACUAGAUACAGUGAUAAAUGCUUUAGAAGCAAUAGUGUGAUAUAUUUUGAUAUUUUUCUUUUUAUAAAUAAAUAAAUAAUGAUCUAUAAAAACUCCUAUGUAUCAAUGUUAUAAGUCAUGUGGGAUAGAGGUUCUGUGAUGAAAUAAAUGCUCGCCGCUGA